UUAAAAUUCGUGCGGAUAUGAAAUUAGUGGUCUGUGUCACUGACACGUGGUGACAGCUGACACUACUGACGUGCUACGUGUUCUGUGCGUGCUACUGACAUCAAAAUUUGGAGAAAUUUUAUUUUUUCUAAAAAAUAAUAAAUAGUGUUUAAUAGAGAAGAGCUCAAUAAAAUUCAACAAUGGGUCUGUGCAAAUGUCCAAAACGACGAGUUACAAAUCAAUUUUGUUUCGAACAUAGAGUUUGUGUUUGUGAAAAUUGUAUGGUAACAAAUCAUCCAAUUUGUAUCGUACAAUCAUAUCUUCAAUGGCUACAAGACAGUGAUUAUAAUUCCAUAUGUGAAUUAUGUAGUAAAGACCUGAGUAGUGAAGACUGUAUUCGGUUAACUUGUUACCAUGUUUUCCAUUGGUCAUGUUUGGAUCACUAUUCGAGACAGUUACCACCUACAACAGCACCCAGAGGGUAUACCUGUCCCUCAUGUAAAAGUCCUUUAUUCCCACCUUCAAAUUUAAUAAGUCCUGUAGCAGAUGUUCUCAAGGAAAAGCUUGCUGGUGUUAAUUGGGCUAGAGCUGGACUAGGAAUGCCCUUACUUUCUGAAGAAAGAGAAAUCAAGGCAACUAUAAUUCACAGUAAUCCUCCACCAAGAAUGACUCCGAGUCCAUCUCAUUCUGUUGUUUCAAUGGGAGAAGAUAUUGGUGCAUUUAAUAGAGCAGAUAGUUUUCAAAAUUCAUCAAAUCGUAGAGUAUUUCAAGAUAUUAGAGAACUAAAGUCAGACAGAUUUGACCAUGAUGAUAAUAAAUACAAGAGAAAAUCACUACUUGAACUUGUUGGAAAUUGGUGGAAAAUUACAUUUGGAGCUUCUGUAAGGGUCAAAGGAAGGAAAUCAACUUGUAGGAGAUAUUUUAUGUUUGGAAUACUCAUUAUAUUUACCAUAAUCCUUUUCUUUUUUGCAAUAUCUAAACUAGGAAGAUAUUCAAUAGAAAGUGAUCCUAGCUUUGACAUAGGAAAUAACGAAUUUGUUAAAACAAAUUAAAUAUAGGUACAAUGAACAAUAUUUUAUAAUUCCAUGC